AUGUAUUUCUAACAAACAAAUUCUGCCUAAAGAAAUAUUCCAGUAAUUUAAUUACAAACCCCAUUAAACAACUAGCAAUAUGUAAUAUAAAUCAUAAUAGUAUAUAGUCUUCCCCUACUAAUUAAUAUUAUUCAAUACCAUCUUAGACUAGACCAUUCCUAGAAAGUCCAAAAGCAAAUAAUAUGAAAGAAUAAUUAGAUUCAUUGUACAUAAAUCUCAGAAAGGAAAACUAAAGUCUAAAAGAUAAACUCUAACAUAUUAGUGCUUAAGUUGAUGAAGCUUAAUAGAAACUGGAAUAAUAUAAAAAAUCAUGA